GGGCAGGCAGCUCUCCUCAUUUUUUGGUACCGAAUACAGAGGGAAAGAGCAGGAACUGUGCAAUUUCCUAAGCCAGCAAGAGACAAACCAUGGAUUUUGUGCCUGAGAAUGGCUACCUUGAUUUAUUGCACAGUGACAUCGACCCACUGCAGCUGUGUGCUCUCUUUGAUCCUAAGCCAUCUGGAGAUGGAGAAGGUGACUUCACUACAGAUCUUGAAGUUGAUGCCAGCAACUAUGAACAGUUAAAUAAUAUGGAUUUCAUGAGUACGAUGGAAAAUGGUGAAAAUGGAGAUGGGUCGUGUCUCUGUUCCAACACCACAGAUGCUUAUGCUAAAAUGGCUGAAUUAGUAGAAUAUGUGCUCAAGGAUCAUCAGGAGAAGCAGGUGGAAGACAUUUUUGCAGGGAACCUCAAUUUGGAUGAAAUGGCUGCUGAAAACACUGAGAAAUUUCCUGACAUAAAGAAGCAGAAGUGUCAUAAACGAACCUUCUUAGGCUCUGCAGAGAAUUGGUUUGAUGCUUCAGAACCAAAAUACAGAAAAAUUGUGGAAGUGCCUGCAGUGGCUGCAGAGAAUGGCAGUUUCUUAGCUCUGCCUUUCAACAGCCUGCCAGUGAGCUGCACCUCACUGACUAACCAGCACUUGUCCUUUUCUGUUCCUGCUGCCUAUGGGUUGGAAAGUUUCCUAAUUCCUGGAUCUUCAGAACCUUGGACUGCAGGGCUUCUACCUGUCAGUGUGAAAGGGAGCCAGGACAAUCCAGGCUUUGCAGAUCCUCCUCAGCAGUUACUUAACUUUGUUCUUGAAAAUGGCAUAUCUGAUUUUAUAAUAUAUCCAGUGUUUACUUCUUCCAUGGAAACUUUCAUAUCCCCAGAUUUUCCAGUUAAUUCAUUUGAUGUAGAAAGGUUUGAAGAAGUUCAAGAUUCCAUAAUUCCUCCUGAAGACGAUUUCAAAACACGAGAGCUGGUGGAAACUUUCUGCACUUCACUUAAGGAUUAUUUCCGAGACAUGUGCAAGUUUGUGACCCUGGAGCGUGAGGUAGCGCUGGAUCACCUGUUUAUUGAUGGGACACUUGUUCAAAGCCAAACUGAAACCAGGACUGGGAGGAAUAGUGCAAAAACAACAGAAAACCAGCUGGUGACUUGCAGUCUGCACGAGAAGGAAAAGACAGCCAUCGACAGAAGCCAAAUAUUUCAAAUCCCAAAACGUAAAGGCUUAGAGACCAAAGUGAUUUUGGUGCUGGGAAAAGCAGGAAUGGGCAAAAGCAUUCUUGUUCAAAAGAUCUGCCAGGACUGGUCCAAUGGAGAGUUUUCUGAGUUUGAAUUUGUGUUUUGGUUUGACUGUGAACAAAUAAGCUUGCCUGAGAAGCGAUACAGCCUGAAGGAACUGCUUCUUGAAUUUUUUGUAAAACCUCAGGAGGGAAGCAAAGAGAUAUUUGAGUAUAUAUUGCAAAAUCCUGCUAAAGUCCUUCUGGUUUUUGAUGGUUUUAAAGGAUUGCAUGACCAUGAGAAUUCUCCUCGUUGCUCAGCCAGCGAGCCUGACGAAGAUCUGUACAGUAUAAAGGAGCUGCUUUCAGGACUCAUCCAAAGAAAAAUACUCAAUGGUUGUACCUUAUUAUUUACAGCAAGACCAAAAGACAAGGUGUACUACUACGUGUCCAAAGUGGAUAAGACUAUUGAAAUAGUAGGAUUUUCCCCUGAGCAGAGAGAACUGUACAUAACCAAAUACUUUGAAGGAUUACCCCACUGUGACAGUGCACUGAAAUUAGUCAAAGACCAUGAGUACUUGUUCAGUCAUUGUUACAGCCCUGGUAUGUGUAGAUUUGUUUGUUUUCUUUGUGAUGUGGUACUUGAAAUGGGAGAGGAAAGCCUUCCUUCAACUCUUUCUGCAGUCUUCCUGAAAUUUUUUCAGCAGAAGAUAAUACCUGUGCAAACAGAUGUUACAACCACACAAAAUCAAGAGAAUCUUGCUACCCUAGCCCAUAUAGCCUGGUGUCUUGGAGAAAAGCACCAAAGUGCCAUGAAAAGUGAUCUUUUUCCUUCUAAAGAAGUUAAAGAGUUUGCUCUGAAAUAUGGAUUUUUCCUGCCAUUCGCAUUCCCCACACAUUCAGAUAGUGAAGAAGAGGAAUUUGGGAGCACAUUCUCUGAUUUUGUCAUUCAGAACUUCUUGUGUGCACUUCACCUUUCAUUAGCAGAAGAGCUCAAGGAUAAAAGUGUAAUAAAGUACCUGUCUUUUCCAUCCAAAAGGAAAAAACCCUAUCACUGGUUAGAUUUCGUGCCUCGAUUUUUGGCUGGAUUGUUGUUUCUCCAGGAUGACCCUUACUUCUGCUCCCUUUCAAAUCAGGAUGAAAUACAACCAGUGAAGAAGAAGAAUAAACUCUUGAAAUACAUUAGAAGGCUGCAGAUUAAUGAUCUCUGUCCAGAGAGGCUGUUGGAGCUUUUACGCUGUGUUUAUGAAACGCAAAGCAGUUACCUCCUGCAGCACGUGGCCCUAAGACUCAAGUCAGACUUGUCUUUUCUGAACAUAGUCCUUACCCCACCCGACGUCCAUGUACUGCACUCUAUUUUAAAAAGGUCAAGAAAGGAGUUUUCCUUGGAUUUGAGAAACAGCAGCAUUGACAUGCAAGGGCUCAAAGACUUGGUGAGCCUAAAGAACGUGGCGUCGUUCAGGGCCUCCCUCAAUGACACUGUCAGGCUCUGGAAGUCUUUAGAACAGUCAAAAGACUACGAGCUGCUGAAAGCAUCAGCAGAGAAAUUUGUUCUUGAUCCCUUUAAGGCAAAGACAAUGAAGGACAUCCGUGACCUCUCCGACCUUGUAGAGAUCCAAGAGAAGAUGGUGAAUUGUGAGCAAGAUGCAUCUGAUUCCACCAGCUAUGAAAUUCCUGCCAUCAAAAACCUCAGAAAACUCGAAUUUGCGCUGGGUCCAGCGUGUGGCCCUCAGGGAUUGCUAAAACUCGUGAAAAUUCUUGCAGCAUUUCCAUCACUUCAGCAUUUAGACCUUGACGCUCUGAGUGAAAAUGGCAUAGGAGAUGAAGGAGCAAAGAGUCUAUCUGAAGUCUUUCCAACCCUGACAUCUCUGGAAACAUUAAAUUUAUCACAGAAUAAAAUAACAGACAUGGGUGCGGAGAAACUCGCGACAGCUCUUCCUUCCUUGUCUUCCUUAAAAACACUAAGCUUGUACAAUAACAACAUUAGUGAUUUUGGAGCAGAAAAUCUGGCGAAAGUUCUUCCUGCAAUGACAUCUUUAAGAGUGCUAGAUGUUCAGUACAACAAAAUAACCGGUGUGGGAGCCCAGCAGUUGACCAACAGCCUACGAAAAUGUCCCCACAUAAAGAACUUGGUGAUGUGGAAUCCCGCCAUUCCCCAUGGAAUUCUUGAAUACCUUCAGCAGCUGGACUCUAGGAUCAGUGUGUAGAUUCAGAGGAUCCCACAAAGGUAUCAUAAAGAAGAGGGGAAGGUGUCCUCUGUGCUUUCCUAUCUUUUUGCUGCUUUAGGAAUCGGUGGCAGAUUUUCAUGUUGCAAAAAAGGUCACAUUUAAGUUUCUAAGUGAUGCUUAAAUUAGGUGAAUUAUAAAGUUCGAAUUUUCAAAGGUCAUUUAAAAUGCUAUUCAAAGACCCAGUCGUAUUCCUACUGAAGUGAUGAAGAGUUAAGCAACAUCAAGUUUCAUAGAUGAAAAGAACAUCUGGAUAUUGUGAUCACCAUUAAAGGAGACCAGGAACCACCAGGAUGUUGACAGUGUAAAAUUCCACCACUGAUUCACCAAAGAGCAGCCUGAGAGCUGCUGAAUCUGCAACACCUGAAGCAGUGAUAGAUCAAAUCUGAUUGUUUCAAGGUGCUAGUGGUAACUGAUCAACUUUGGUCUGAUGAUUUUGGACUUUCAAAGCCCAGUGUUACAGAUUCCACCUGUGUGUAUGGGCUGAUUUGAAGCAUUAAGAUAAGGAGCAUAAAAAAGAAUGAUCAGUCCUAGAAAACGUGAUAUUGGAAGAUUAUCCACGAGAAUCUAGAAGCAGUUCUUUUCUUGAUGCUAAUCAUCAGUGCUGUCUUAAGGUAUAGAAAGAUAUUUUCUAUCACUUGUUUGUUACAGAAUCCUUAAAAAAAACUGGGGGAAAAAGAAAGAAUAAGAAGAAAGGAAUUAAAACUGAAAAACUACUCAGGAUUUUUCUGACAUCACAAAAAUCCAAAUACAUACAAAUACCUUCAGUUUAUUGCACAAAAAUCCUCAAAGUGACAAUCUUUGAUGGUUUUUACUUUGUCUCAAAUGAGAACUGUAAAUUCAUAUACCUGGAUUGAGAUUUAAUUUCUUAAAUGCAGCUGGCAGCAUAAAUGUUUACAGGCAUCGAUUUUCUACUUGACAGUGAUCUCACUACUGUAUGUGGUUUAUGUGGUGCUCUGGUACAGUCAUGAAUAACUGGGCAAAACCAGACAAAAAUGCAUUUCAAAGCAUUAUCAUGUCUAUGCUGCUGGUCUCAGUCACAUGUGGGCCAAAUACUCAUCCUGUAGCUACAGCAGCAAACCAAUUGUCUCGGGUUUUUUCCUUCAUUUCUGCUCUGUGAACAUGGAGAGAACUUACAAUUGUACAGAGACAAUUGUCAGGUCAGUACUAGAGUUCUGGCUUCCUGUCAGAUACAGUCUGAAACAGAACAACAAAAAGGGAUAGAAAAGAACAAUAAAAAGGGAUAGAAAAGGCUAGGAGUGUUUGAUAUGCCACAAAUUGGGAAGUCUCUCCUUCACAGUUAGCUCAGGGUUAGCUCAGCCACUCCUUUGAAAUCUCUUCUGCUAAAAAGCACUGACAAUAGUGACCCAAGUAUCUGUGCAAACUAGAAUCUCUCAGCUAACCUCUCAAGUUUUAAAAGUCCCCAAUUUAAACAGCUCAAACCCACAAUCUUUAUGUUCUUUCCAGCAAGUUACACUCCUCUGCUUGUUUCGGUGCCUGAAGGAUCUUGACAGCAGGGAUAGAAAGUGGACAAAUUAAAGAAAGAAGGGAGGAAGGUCUGUUGGUUGUUUCUGAGAGCAGGGGAUCAGACAUAGUGCGUGAAAGAAUAGAGAGUAAGGUGGAAAAACUCUGUGGAGAAUAUGAAUGUAAUUAGAAUGUGGUAUUUUUCUUGACUAUCUGCGUGGUUCUUCUCUCUAGCCAGAGUCAUGGAUAAAAGAUCUCAUUUAUACUCUCCUUUUUGAGCUGCUUGAAUGGGAGGUAGUUUGAGCCAAAUCUUGUGUGAUGUUCCCAUCAGCCUGCGGCGCUCCAGCCGCGCACAUCGACGGUGAACCCUUGUCUUGGCUUCUCUUAACUAAGCUUGGGAUGACAAAUGCCCCUUCAGGCACAUAUUCUGCAGCUGCACUUUACUGUGACUGAAUCUGAGAAUGUGCUAAAUAUUAGCCAGGCAGAUGAAUGUUACAGGACCCUGUCUGGACUGAUAAAGUCAUGUUGUACAUACUGCUGUUCUCUUUCUCCGAGUUAGCGAGAGAUGUAUUUUUAUAAUGUACAGAUUGUAAAUUGUGAGACCGUGUUUUGGUUGUCUUUACACAUCUUUUUUAAAGUAUUAAUAAA